AUCCACGGUGACAGACCGAUCAAGAUGAGGGUACAUCGUGGGAUUUGUGCGAAGCUCCAAGGAGGAUUCCUGAGGCGAUGGUGGGCGGCGGUCGCUGUUGGGGCGUUGAUGGUCAUCGUUGCUGCCAUCCUGGCGGCUGUCUUCCCCAAACUGAUCGACGUCGUGCUGAAUCGAGAGAUCGCUCUGCGAGAAGGUGGCCGGACGUUCAACUGGUGGAGGGAGCCGCCGGUGAAGCCUCGGUUGAGCGUCUACAUCUACAACGUGACGAACGCCGAUGAGUUUUUGAACGAUGGGGAGAAACCGGCGCUGGACGAGCUCGGGCCGUACGUGUACGAGCAGCAGUGGGAAAAGGUCGAGGUGAAAUUCAACGAGAACGACACGGUGUCGUACAAAGUGAAGAAGCGAUUCACCUUUGUGCCGGAAUGGUCGGUCGGAUCGGAGGAGGACUUGGUGGUGGUGCCGAACGUGCCGAUGCUUUCGGCUACCAGCCAGUCGAAGCACGCGGCGCGAUUCCUCAGGCUGGCGAUGGCCUCGAUCAUGGACAUUCUGCGGAUAAAACCGUUCGUGGAGGUGUCGAUCGGGCAGCUGUUGUGGGGUUACGAGGAUCCGCUGCUCAAGCUGGCCAAGGACGUGGUACCGAAGGAGCAGAAGCUGCCGUACGAUCAGUUCGGUCUGCUGUACGGGAAGAACGCGACGAUGCCCGAUUGGUUCACUAUCUUCACCGGGCAAGGGGACGUCGGUAAAUACGGGAUGCUGGACAAGUGGAACGGAAAGAGCAGCCUCGGCCACUGGACCACGCCGGAGUGCGACGGCGUGGCGGGCAGCGACGGCAGCAUCUUUCCCCCGCGCAUCACCAAGCAAACGGUCCUGAAGGUGUUCGACAAGGAUUUGUGCAGGGCGUUGCCGUUGGUCUUCAAGGAGGAGGUGAACACCGUCGGGGACGUCCCCGGUUACAGAUUCGUUCCAGCCAGCGAAGCGUUCGCCACCCCGAGCAGGUUCGAGUCCCAACGAUGUUUCUGCCCGGCUGGCCCGCCCUGCGCUCCCGAGGGCACUUUCAACGCCUCUCUCUGCCAAUACGACUCGCCGGUUCUCCUCAGUUUUCCGCAUUUUUACCUCGCGGAUCAAACGCUCCGGGAAGCGGUGAGCGGGAUAUCGCCGCCGAUCGAGGAGAAGCACCAAUUCUACAUCGACGUGCAACCGAUGAUGGGCACGGCGUUGCGAGCCAAAGCGAGAAUUCAGAUCAAUCUAGCGGUGAGCCAGGUGCGAGACAUCAAACAGGUCGCGUCCUUUCCGGACAUCGUUUUCCCGAUCAUGUGGUUCGAAGACGGCAUCGAGGAGCUUCCGGCGGAGAUGCGAAAUCUGAUGAAGAUGGCAGUGGACGUUCCUCCGGUGGCCCGAGCGGCGGUUUCCGGUGCGCUGGCAGCGAUCGGCGCGGUCAUUCUGAUAGGAGCCCUCUUCUGUUUGGCGCGCGCAGCUAAACGCCAAGAGAAACUACAUCUGAGCAAUCCGUUGCCGGCGAGCGCGACCGCCGGUAAGACCGGUCAGCUGAACCCGGCUUUCCAGAAUUCGUCGGGUACCACCAAGUAGACAGACAGACAGACAGACCUCCAUCUCUGCCCUCGCUCUGGACCCGCUCUACAGCUCGUCGGUCGUCGUCGUGGCUUGGGAAUGAGAAAAUAGACGCGAGGGCAAUUGACGGUGUAUGUACCGCGUUGGCUCUCGCAUUCCUACCUUUGUUCGCGCGAGCCGUCUUUGUCGUGGAGAUUCUGCGCGGGAAACGCAAACGACCUCGUGGAUCGUUCGUCUUCGCCUACCUUGGUGCGCCACGAACUCAAGAAAAUGGUGGCAAAGGAAAACGGAGGAGUAAGAAGCGGGCCUCUGUGUGUUUGUACGCACUUAUGCGAGAGAGCGCGCGCACGAGAGAGAGAGAGAGAGAGAGAGAGAGAGAGAGAGAUUGUGUAGCGGGAAAUGGGUUUCGCAGAUCGGUAUAUGUACAUACCGUACUCUCUCGCGUCUCGUGUGCGUUCGAGAAGAAAUCGUUCCGUCCAACAGACGCUCGAUCGCGCGUCCGAUCACGGACGCGAGCAGUCGACUCAUCGCCCUCGGACGAUGCUUCGACGUGCUCGACAACGAUCGAGAUCUCUUAUCGUUAUUAUUCAUUAUACCUUCGUUUCUAUGUAUUUCGUUGUAAACGCGUUACUCGAGAUAGACGAUAAUGCGGUUAGGUUUCUAGAUAAAUUUAGUUUUUUAUGCUGGAGCGUAAGGAGGAGGGAGGAAAUAAAAUAGCCAAAUAGUUUUGAAAUCGGUUCGAUUCGGGACGAUUUCAAACGAUAUCGUGGAAAUUGACAAUAAAGGUGUG